GCACACACAAUUAAUUCCGUAACCAUAUUGCACCCCCUUGUGGUUUGUUAACUGCACAACAUGUCUGUUGACAAGUUUGAAAGGAGAAAAUGAAAAGGGAUUCUGAAACACGUAAUUCAGUAAUAAAGAGAUACAUCAAGUAGCUCUCCAACUGCUCCAUAAGAGUGACUUAAUAUGUCCUCCAUUUUCAUCUGUGGAUUCGUCCCUGCAUGUUCCGUGUCUAAGCCCAGCCACCUUAAAAUGACUAAUCUCUGUCAGUCAGCACAGAGUUUAACAGGAGCUUACUGCUUCAGUCAAUAAUGGGUUUCUCCCCUGCUGACACCCAGCCCAAAAACAAGCUGAAGAUUGUCCAUCUGUUUAUUGUUCUCUGUCUCUCCCUUUCUCUCUCUUUUUCAAGAGAUGAUUCAUACAGCCACUCCCUUCCCCCUGGUCAGUUUGUUCUUCAUGUUCAUUGGCUUUGUGCUCAACAACAUCGGACAUGUACGGCCACACCGGACCAUACUGGCCUUCGUCUCCGGAAUAUUUUUCAUCCUCUCAGGUGUCAUGUCCGUCUACUUGUUCAUGAAACGCUACACGGCCGAGGAGCUCUACCAGCCUCGUCAUCCCAGCUUCUACCGUCCGCGCCUCAGCAACUGCUCCGACCACUCGGGCCAAUUCCUUCACCCGGAGACGUGGGCACGUGGUCGCAGCCCCUCCGACAUCUCCUCAGAGGCCUCGCUCCAGAUGAGUGCCAGCUACCCCGCCCUGCUCAAAUGCCCUGACUAUGACCAGGUGUCCUCCUCACCCUGCUAAGAAAUCAACCUGGGGUCAGGGGUUUGUUUACGGGGGUCAGUCUUGGGUUAAAUACACAGAUAUUGCUUGAAAGCUUUGCUGUAAUAUUUGACCCAACCCUGUAAAAGGGAUCAGGAAAUCACAAUGAGGAAGAUAUUGAUCUAUCCUCAAAUCUUUUAAUCAGAGAGAUAAAGACAAGAUUGUGAUGUCUAAAAGUAGUUAAUUGUUAUGGUUGGAUUACAUUUUGUACAGUAUCUGAGACAUUCCAAACUAUCUGAAAGGGUUUUAGGCAUUUGGAUGAAUGCAAUGGGGGAGAGUUAUUCCUUAUUAUACUGCUGACUUGAGAGCAUGAGACUAUGGGUUCCCUGAUAAACUAGCUCAAUACUGUAGAUUGAUCUCAUUAUCAAUGGUGAGGAAGUGGAGAGGACCUCCUGCUUAAGUUCCUGGGGGUUAUGCUCUCAGAGGUCCUGGAAUGGAAGAUGAAUACAACCGCCACAGUCAAAAAAGCACAGCAGCGGCUCUACUUCUUGCGAAUACUGAAGAGAAAGAACCUAUUUCCCGAGCUGCUUAAGUCAUUUUACCACUGUUGCAUUGAAAGUGUCAUCACAUACUGUAUCACUGCAUGGUAAGUCAACUGCACAGACAAGGACAGGAAAUCCCUCAGUUGGGUCAUAAGGUCUGCUGGGAAAAUAAUCGGACUUCCACUGCCUCCCCUGGACGACAUCUUUAGGACACGCUGCCUCCGUCGAGCAGGUGGCAUUUUGAAGGAUAAGGCUCACCCCGCAAACCAUCUCUUCUCCCUGCUGCCCUCUUGCAGACGCUACCGGGCUACCACAGACCGCACCUCCAGACUGCAGAACAGUUUCGUCCCCAGGGCCAUCACAGAACUAAAUACUCACACAACCCUCCUACCCCCACCCAGCAAAACUAUUUAUGUUUUUAAUAUAUUCAUGUGUGAGUGCGUGCAAGCAUUGUGGUUGAAGGGUGUAUGUGGAUCAAAGCAUUAUUUUGUGGUCGCACAAGCAAAUUUCAUUGAGUAUCUAAUGCACAAUGACAAAUAAUAAUAAUAAUUUUCUGUUCUACAUUUGAAAUGUGACUUGCUAUACCACCCAUCACCUGCAGGUGGCAGAAACGUAUUGUAACUUUUCAGCGGGAUUCAAGUUGUCUUUGCAGCCAAGACACAAUUCAUUUUUGAGCAACAAAGUAAUUAGGUGGGGUAACGUCCGCUUGAUUACAAUUAAAGAGAAGACUGUCUUAUUCUCAUGAUGUAGAAAUAUUUGAACAAGAGCAAUGUCUGUACUGUAUAUUCUAUAUUUUAGCUCAAAGUGCUUCAUGUUGGAGUUUCUCAGUAGUGUUUUUGUUAAUUCAUUUACAAUGAAUAUAAUGUACCAAUGUUGUUUUGUUAUAAUGGAAAAUUACAAAACUUGUGUUUAUCGAUCGUGGAUUAUGGAGUGUCGGAGAGUUAAUGUUUAUCUAUUUGUAUUGACUCAAAAACACAGACAUUUUGUAUGCAGCUUAGCUAUAUUGGCAUUGCUACUUUUCUGUAAAAAACAUAUUGUAUAUUGUAUCUCUGCAAAAUUAUUUAUUGAUUUGAAAAAUAAAUAACAUGGCUUGAGAAGUGA